GUUUAAAGAAAAAGUUGGGAACUAAACCAAGCCUUGGUAAGGAAUCAUAUACGUGUGGACAUAGCCUCACAUGUUAGCUUGUGGCAUUGAAGACAGACUCAAACACCAUCACUAGCAUUAUACUCAGUAUAAAGUAGUAUAGAGUCUAGAUAUAGUUUUUUUUUCAUACCAAAGAAAGUGGUAACUCUUUUGAUGAGAAAGGAUUCCUUUCAAAAAGAGAUUUAUUUUAUUUUUGAAAACCAGCUUGGGGUUCUUCUCACUGUAGAUUGUGGUAAUGUAUACAUGCGCGCCAACUUGGGGAUUCGAUGGUUUUCUCAAAGGUCGUCAGAACUAGCGCAAGUACCAUUCAAAGAAAAAAUAUUCUACAUUUAGCCCUUGUUUAGUUCCAAACUUUUUCUUCAAACUUCCAACUUUUCCAUCACAUCAAAACUUUUCUACACACAAACUUUCAACUUUUUCGUCAGAUCGUUCCAAUUUCAACCAAACUUCUAAUUAGUUCAUGAACUAAACACACCCUUAUACAUGUGUAACAUGUCCAAUUUGCGGGUCUUCUCAAAGGUCGUCAGAACUGGAGCAAUUACUAUACAUGUGUGCCAACUUGGGGGGUAUUCUGCAGUUAUCAUGUACUACACGUCUUCCAUUCCCACUACAAUGUUUAGGCAACAGCCAGCAGCCCUUUCAACCAAUGAUACAUGACCCCAGUCCUUCUGACAGUCGUCUAAAAUUCAAGAAAUCUACCACCCUCUACUGAUUUCACCGUGUCGUGUCUUUUUAAGUGGAUAAAGCACAGCACUUGCGAAAAUACCUUCACCACCAUGUCGUCGUUCUCCAAGAGAGUCCCUCACCAUGUGGCAUCACUCCUAGCAAUGAUGCUCAUCCUCCAGCUAGUCCAGGCCACCACGCUCGACGACCUUACGACGACCUCCUCCGAAACGACGCCGGCAAUGUGCCUUCCAGACCAGGCUUCCGCGCUGCUCCGGCUGAAGCACUCCUUCAACGCGACGGCCGGCGACUACUCCACCACCUUUCGAUCAUGGGUCCCUGGUGCAGACUGCUGUCGCUGGGAGGGCGUCCACUGCGACGGCGCCGAUGGCCGUGUCACCUCACUCGACUUGGGAGGCCACAACCUGCAAGCCGGCGGCCUCGACCAUGCACUGUUCAGGUUAACCUCACUCAAGCACCUCAACCUCUCUGGUAACAUCUUCACCAUGUCCCAGCUCCCGGCCACUGGAUUCGAGCAGCUCACCGAGCUCACACACCUUGACCUCUCGGACACCAACAUCGCCGGCAAGGUGCCGGCUGGCAUUGGGCGCCUCGUGAGCCUGGUCUACCUCGACCUCUCCACGAGCUUCGUCAUCGUGUCUUACGAUGACGAAAACAGCAUCACACAGUACGCUGUAGACUCCAUUGGGCAGCUCUCAGCACCAAACAUGGAGACCUUGCUCACAAACCUCACUAACCUGGAGGAGCUCCAUAUGGGAAUGGUGGAUAUGUCCAAUAAUGGCGAAUUGUGGUGUGACCACAUAGCCAAGUACACACCUAAGCUUCAAGUUCUUAGUUUACCUUACUGCUCACUGUCAGGUCCCGUAUGCGCAUCAUUUGCUGCCAUGCGAUCGCUCACCACGAUCGAGCUUCAUUACAAUUUAUUGUCAGGUUCAGUGCCAGAGUUCUUGGCUGGCUUUUCCAACCUCACUGUUCUUCAGCUAUCCACAAACAAGUUUCAAGGAUGGUUUCCUCCCAUCAUCUUCCAGCACAAGAAGUUGAGAACAAUUGAUCUUUCUAAGAAUCCUGGCAUAUCUGGUAAUCUGCCAAAUUUCUCACAGGACAGUAGCUUGGAGAAUUUGUCCGUCAGUAGAACAAACUUCACAGGUAUGAUUCCGAGCUCCAUCAGCAAUCUCAGAUCUCUGAAGAAGUUGGGCAUUGGUGCAAGUGGUUUCUCUGGAACACUGCCCUCUUCGUUAGGUAGCUUCCUAUACUUGGAUUUGCUAGAAGUGUCUGGGUUCCAGAUAGUAGGAUCCAUGCCGUCAUGGAUAUCCAACCUAACUUCUCUUACUGUUCUCCAGUUCUCCAACUGCGGAUUGUCUGGACAUGUACCUUCUUCAAUAGGAAACUUAAGGGAAUUGAUUAAGUUAGCACUGUACAACUGCAAGUUUUCAGGGAAGGUGCCUCCGCAGAUCUUAAAUUUGACUCAUUUGGAAACUCUCGUGCUCCAUUCGAACAAUUUUGACGGCACAAUAGAACUCACCUCAUUCUCAAAACUGAAAAACCUAUCCGUCCUGAAUCUCUCAAACAAUAAACUAGUAGUGGUAGAUGGAGAAAAUAUUUCAUCACUGGUGUCAUUCCCCAAUUUGGAGUUCUUAAGUUUAGCAUCUUGCAGCAUGUCUACUUUUCCCAAUAUCUUGAAGCAUCUCGAUAAGAUGUUUAGUCUUGACAUUUCACAUAACCAGAUCCAAGGAGCUAUACCACAGUGGGCAUGGAAGACAUGGAAAGGCUUGCAAUUUCUCCUCUUGAACAUGUCGCACAAUAACUUUACAAGUCUUGGAUCUGAUCCUUUGCUUCCUCUUCAUAUAGAAUUCCUUGACCUCAGUUUCAACAGUAUUGAAGGGCCCAUACCGAUACCACAAGAAGGUAGCAGCACAUUAGAUUACUCGAGCAACCAAUUCUCAUCUAUUCCUCUUCAUUACUUAACUUACCUUGGGGAAACUCUCACUUUCAAGGCCUCCAGAAACAAACUCUCUGGAGAUAUUCCACCAUCAAUAUGUACCGCUGCUACGAAUUUGCAACUCUUUGAUCUCUCUUACAAUAACUUGAGUGGUUCGAUCCCAUCCUGCUUAAUGGAGGAUGCCAUUGAAUUACAAGUAUUAAGUCUAAAAGAAAAUAAACUUGUUGGAAAUUUACCUGAUAGCAUCAAGGAAGGCUGUUCACUUGAGGCAAUAGAUUUAAGUGGCAAUUUGAUUGACGGAAAGAUACCCAGAUCUCUAGUUUCUUGCAGGAACUUGGAGAUCCUUGACGUUGGAAACAAUCAGAUUAGUGACUCCUUUCCAUGUUGGAUGAGUAAACUUCGUAAACUUCAAGUCCUUGUCCUCAAGUCUAACAAGUUCACUGGACAAGUAAUGGAUCCUUCAUAUACAGUUGACAGGAACAGCUGUGCAUUUACGCAGCUCAGAAUUGCUGACAUGGCCUCAAACAACUUCAAUGGAACAUUGCCAGAAGCAUGGUUUAAGAUGCUCAAGUCCAUGAUUGCCAUGACUCAAAAUGAUACACUAGUCAUGGAAAAUAAAUAUUACCAUGGGCAAACAUACCAGUUUACUGCCUCAGUUACAUACAAAGGGAGUGACACGACAAUUUCCAAGAUAUUGAGGACCCUUAUGCUGAUUGAUUUCUCAAAUAAUGCAUUCCAUGGUACCAUUCCUGAGACUGUCGGGGGGCUUGUACUGCUUCACGGGCUCAACAUGUCUCACAAUGCCCUUACAGGAUCAAUUCCAACUCAGUUUGGCAGGUUGAAUCAACUUGAGUCAUUGGACCUCUCCUCGAAUGAGCUCACUGGGGGGAUCCCCAAGGAGCUAGCAUCACUCAACUUCCUUUCAACACUGAAUUUGUCCUACAACAUGUUGGUUGGAAGAAUACCAAACUCAUAUCAGUUUUCCACCUUUUCCAACAAUUCUUUUCUUGGAAACAUUGGUUUGUGUGGACCACCGUUAUCCAAACAAUGUGACAACCCAAAAGAGCCCAUUGUUAUGACAUACACUUCGGAGAAAUCCACAGAUGUUGUACUAGUCCUCUUCACUGCAUUGGGAUUUGGUGUUUCCUAUGCAAUGACAAUCCUAAUUUUAUGGGGAAGGUGCAUGAGAAAGCAACGCUGAGAGUACUUUGUGUAUGUCAGUAUGUAUACAACUCCAGCAGUGUUGAGAGAGGCCAACAUUUUGUAAAUUGUGCUUUAAUGCAGGCUCAAUGGUAUGUAAUAAAAUGAGCUCGCAUUUAUCACGUGGUAGCUAGUCCACUAGGUUCUUGUAAUCAUGUGCUGCUGGACAAGUUGGACACGUCUAUGGUAUAUGUUGAUCAAGUACUUUAA